UAAAAUAACACUAACCUGAUAAGUUGAAUGUGCAAAACGGAACGAAUAAAACGAAUGAGACUACGUUUCAUGGAGGCAAUAAUUUAUAAUUCCAAGUUCUAACUACAGGAAUUUUAAUAAAUAUGACUAUGUUGAUAUAAAUAUUCAAAUCAACAUCAUUAUUUUAUACGCAGUAAUAAAAUUUGAAUCAGAAUGAUAAGACGGCGAUUGUUUUCUCCUAUUCUUCGGCAGUACACUAUAAAAGGUUAUGUUGAUUAUGCAAGACCUUCCAAUAUUAUUCCAUGCUGUGAAGUUUUGAAUCGAAGAGUACAAAGUACCGUAGCUGUUAAUGAAAGUUACAUUAAGAAAUUUAUGAAGGCGGUGGGAUGGAUGGAUCAAGACAGAGCUCGGCUUAAACUUACCGGAUAUUUCUUAUACGAGUGUGUACCUGAAAAAAUAGCUUAUCAACAAUGGUUUGAAGUGUUGGACCUCCCAGACACAUUUGCAUCUUGGUUCAUGGUUACUGAACUGCAUGUAUGGUUGAUACUAGUUCGUUAUAUGGCAGAAGAUGUCACUGUUACUGGAAAUAAGAAGAAAUAUAUGAAGGGAGAUGGCCACUUUGUGCGGAACUGUAUUAUAGAAGCACUCUGGUCAGACGUUGCUAAUAGGAUAAAGUUGUUAGAGGGUGCAAACCCAAUAAUAGCCAAGAAACAAGUGACAGAAUUAUCAGAGCAAUUUCAAGCUGCACUAGUGGGUUAUGAUGAAGGUUUAGAUGACGAUAAGGUGUUAGCCGCAGCAGUGUGGAGGAGGUUUUAUUCAUUGUCACAUGAUGUCAAUGCAGAACACGUUGAAAAAAUCGUGCAUUUUAUACGACAUCAGAUGGUAAUCUUAGACAAAAUACCAAGUGAAGAUUUAAAAUGGAAGCCACAACUAUCAUGGUUAAGUAUAGUGGAUCAUUAGUUAAAUAAUUAAGUUAUAUACUGUUGAGAUUUAGAAAUAAAACGAUUUAAUUUAUAACA